AGUGAAUCCACGGGGAGAGUUCUCGAUACUGCAGAGCCAGAGAAAUCGGUGGAAGGUUCGGUCAUGUUGAGCUGCACUUGCGACAGACUGCCGCGCAUGACUGCCGCGCAUGGUCUAGCAGUGAAGCGGAGCAAUAAGGAUCAUGAAUUGGUGGCAAUUCAGGCUGUCCUUGCUAAGGAUCGACGGCAAUGUUGUGAAGGUCUCUUGCCCUUCAGGCUUCUUUUACAGAGCACGGACGUGGCAGUCAUGGACUAGCCUUCUGCGGGUUGUGACUGACUACAACACAACUACUCGAUCAUUCGAGCUACCUCUUUGCUGUAAGGUUGCUGGUAGUCUGGGCGAAACCGGUAUGAAGGUAUCUUGUCAGCUUCUGCGGCGCAAAGCCCCGAGCUCCGAGCCAGCGUCCAUUAUGCGGCAGGAAUGGACCAAAACCCCACUGCCUGGUGAAACCCCAGGUCCAUUAAUAUAGCCGGAACAAAUACCGGCUGAUGGAAAAUUAUCGCUUCGAGUUUCGGUUUAAUAUUUCUGCAAAUGUUAACGGUGUUAUACAAAUAUGAGAAACGAAGCUUAAAUGCCAUCGACGACAUAGUAUACUGAGCUCCCGAACAUUCACUACCGAACACCACACUGUCGCCCCCUCUCUGCACCCUUCUCCAUUAUCAGAACGAUGUCAAGCGAGGCUGCAUAACAUCCACAGCGACGCUGGCUUCUCUCGCUGGAGGAUGAGUUGUUUGGAGGAAGAAUGAUCAGUAUGAUCCGCUGACACCACACAAAUUUCGCAGGAUCCCGUGUAUUAGCCUUGUUAGAGCAUUCCUUCGUCACACUGGAUCAGUAAGCGGGAAUUCUAGACUAUGCGACCGUGGGAACCGUCCAGGCUCAAAACCCUGUUUAGACGUCAUACCCAAGCAACCGCCAUGUCAUAAUGAAGCAUGAAAUCAUCUUCCACCCA